AUGUCUGAAACGACUACGCUUCAACAUUAUCAACUACUUUUUCUCAAUAAAGUCAUCCUGCCCUUUCAGAUCGUGGAUUAUGAUGACAAACACUACAGUUUGGACGUGUGGCGUGCUAUGCUAUCAAAUAAAAGCUUUACAGAAUACUAUCUAUCUAAACUGGAGUUUUCAGUCGUCAAAUACGACAAGGUAACGAUUUCGAACAAACCCUCGACUGACAGCAAAUUACCCUUCCUUCGCCUCGCUGCUGGUCUGGCGUUUCGCGUUGAUUUAGAAUUCAAUUACCUGGUGACUCGAUUCCCCAACUCGCAGAUGGCCGUAGGACUGGUCCUCUUCUCGAACAAGAGCCUAUCACCAACAGCGGAUUUUCAAAAUUCGCGGCGUUACUUUAGUCGUGCAGACGGUACCUCCCGACGCUAUCAGGUUACCGAUGUCAAAUUAGGUGAUACGCACAAUACCGGAGCGUUUCUUCUUCACGCCGAAGAACAGGGCGAUCGCAAUCUCACCACGUCCACACACUCUGCUGCUGUUUUUCGUCCCAGCCCCGUCUGCUUCUACGACAAGGACAGAUCCAAGAGCGGACCGGUCUUUACUGGUCCCCGAAGGUCUCUCUCGGACCCACGCCGGCGGCGCCUGCGGGGCUCCCUGGCGAAGGCUAUCUUUGGCACCAGAUAUAAGCAACAGUUUCACUUUAAUGGCAAGCGGGAUGAGCGUCGGCGGGUAAAGAAGUCGAAACCUCUUCCCAUUGGGAUGCGUCUGCAGUACUUUGCUUUUGGGUCACCCAAUGAUGCCUCCCUGAAGUCCUCAAAGUUCCUCCUUUGGUCGUCUAUACUCUCAGUGGUUCCCCUGGACCAACCCACUGGUCGGGAGGCUUCGGAUGUUUCAAGGGAGUCCUUAAUGGCCUGGUACCUCAUGGCUUUGAACUGGGACUCCGCGGUUUCAAGUCAAUUGGGAUCAUGA